AUGAGGAAACAUCAGCAUUUGCCCUUCGUGGCUCUCUUUUGGCUCUUUCUCUCAGGCUUUUCCAUUACUCAUGCCCAACAAGAAGCAGAUGUCAAAAAUGGUGCCGCUGCUGAUGUAAUAUUUCUAGUGGAUUCCUCUUGGAGCAUUGGAAAGGAACAUUUUCCACUUGUUCAAGAGUUUCUAUAUGAUGUUGUGCAAUCUUUAGCUGUGGGAGACAAUGAUUUCCAUUUUGCUCUGGUCCAGUUCAACGGAAACCCAUAUACGGAGUUCCUGUUAAAUACCUAUCAUACUAAACAAGAAGUUCUUGCUCAUAUUUCCAACAUGUCUUAUAUUGGGGGAAGCAAUCAGACUGGAAAAGGAUUAGAAUACGUAAUGCAAAACCACCUAACUAAGGCUGCUGGAAGCCGAGCCAGUGAUGGAGUCCCUCAGGUUAUCGUAGUAUUAACUGAUGGACGCUUGGAGGACGGCCUUGCCAUGCCCUCAGCGGAACUUAAGUCUGCUGAUGUGAACGUGUUUGCAAUUGGAGUUGAAAAUGCAGAUGAAGGAACAUUAAAGGAAAUAGCAAGUGAACCGCUCAAUACACAUGUUUUCAACCUAGAGAAUUAUACCUAUCUGCAUGACAUAGUAGGAAACUUAGUGGCUUGUGUCCAUUCAUCAAUGGCUUCAGAAAGGGCUGGGGACACAGAGACCCUUAAAGACAUCACAGCACAAGAUUCUGCUGACAUUAUUUUCCUUAUUGAUGGAUCAAACAACACCGGAAGUGUGCAUUUCGCAGUCAUUCGAGACUUCCUUGUGAAUUUCCUUGACAGACUCUUGACUGAGAUUCAGCAGAUACAAGUAGGGGUGGUCCAGUAUAGUGAUGAGCCCAGAACCAUGUUUUCCUUGAACACGUUUUCCGCCAAGGCUCAGGUUCUGGAGGCCGUGAAGGCCCUCAGCUUCACCGGUGGGGAGUUGGCCAACGUUGGCCUUGCCCUGGAUUUUGUGGUGGAGAAUCACUUCACACGGGCAGGGGGGAGCCGAGUGGAGGAAGGGGUUCCUCAGGUGUUGGUCCUCAUAAGUGCUGGACCAUCUAGUGAUGAGAUCCGUGAAGGGGUGGUCGCCCUGAAGCAGGCUAGCGUGUUCUCGUUUGGCCUCGGUGUCCAGGCUGCUUCCCGGGCAGAGCUCCAGCACAUAGCUACCAAUGACAACUUGGUGUUUACUGUCCCGGAAUUCCGUAGCUUUGGGGACCUCCAGGAACAGUUACUGCCGUACGUUGUUGGCGUGGCCCAAAGACGCAUUGUCUUGCAACCCCCAACCAUUAUCACUGAAGUCAUUGAAGUCAACAAGAGGGACAUAGUCUUCCUCGUAGAUGGCUCCUCUACAAUGGGACCGGCCAACUUCAAUGCAGUCCGUGACUUCAUUGCCAAGGUCGUUCAGAAACUGGAGAUCGGACAGGACCUUAUCCAGGUGGCAGUGGCGCAGUAUGCAGACACUGUAAAGCCCGAGUUCUAUUUCAAUAGCCACUCCACCAGAAGGGAGGUCUCAUCCGCUGUACGGAGAAUGAGGCCCCUGAACGGCCCAGCCCGAUACACGGGCUCCGCGCUCGACUAUGUCCGCAGCAACCUGUUCACCAGUGCGGCUGGCCACCGGUCUGCCGAGGGGGUGCCCAAGCUCUUGGUGCUGAUCACGGGCGGUAAGUCCCUAGAUGAGGUUAGCCAGCCGGCCCGCGAGCUGAAGACCAGUAACAUCAUGGCCUUUGCUGUCGGGAACAAGGCUGCCGACCAGGCUGAGCUGGAAGAGAUCGCAUUCGACUCCUCCUUGGUGUUCGUCCCGGCCGAGUUCCAGGUUGCCCCUUUGCAAGGCAUGCUGCCCACCUUCCUGGCACCUCUCAGGACCCUCACUGGAACCACUGAAGUGCGCAUAAACAAAAGGGAUAUCAUCUUUCUUUUGGAUGGAUCGCUCAACGUUGGAACAGCCAACUUCCCUUAUGUGCGUGACUUUGUAAUGAACCUAGUUAACAACCUUGAUGUUGGACAUGACAAUAUUCGUGUUGGUUUAGUGCAAUUUAGUGACACCCCCGUAACGGAGUUCUCUCUAGAUACAUACCAGACCAAGGCGGACUUGCUGGCCCGUCUGAGGCAGCUGCAGUUCCAGGGGGGCUCGGGCCUGCGCAUGGGCUCGGCCCUCAGCUUUGUCCAUGCCAACCACUUCACUGAAGCUGGUGGCAGCCGCGCCCGUGAACAAGUGCCCCAGCUGCUGGUCCUGCUCACGGCCGGCCGCUCCCAGGACUCCUAUUUGCAAGCCGCCAAUGCAUUAGCACGCGCAGGGGUGCUCACCUUCUGUGUGGGUGCUAGCCAGGCGGAUAAGGCCGAGCUGGAGCAGAUCGCUUUUAACCCGAGCCUGGUGUAUCUCAUGGACGAUUUCAGCUCCCUACCAGCUCUGCCUCAGCAGCUGAUUCAGCCCCUAACCACCUACGUUAGUGGUGGUGUGGAGGAAGUUGCCCUCGGCCAGCCAGAGAGCAAACGAGACAUCCUGUUCCUCUUUGAUGGCUCAGCCAAUCUUGUGGGCCAGUUCCCAGCUGUCCGAGACUUCCUCCAAAGGGUCAUUGAUGAGCUGGAUGUGAGACCUGACGGGACCCGGGUUGCAGUGGCUCAGUACAGCGACGAUGUCAAAGUCGAGUCCCGCUUCAACGAGCACCAGAACAAGCCAGAGAUCCUGAACAUUGUCAAGAAGAUGAAGAUCAAGACGGGCAAGACGCUUAACAUCGGCUACGCGCUGGACUACGCCCAGCGUUACAUCUUUGUCAAGGCCGCUGGGAGUCGGAUCGAGGAUGGGGUGCUUCAGUUUCUGGUGCUGUUGGUGGCAGGAAGGUCGUUUGACCAGGUGGAUGGCCCCGCUGGUACUCUGAGACAGAGCGGGGUGGUGCCGUUCGUCUUGCAAGCCAAGAACGCAAACCCUGUGGAGCUGGAGAGGAUCGUGCUGUCCCCAGCGUUCAUCCUGGCCGCAGAGUCACUUCCCAAGAUUGGAGAGCUCCAACCUCAGAUAGUGAACCUCCUGAAGACGGUCCACAAUGGGGCACCAACACCAGUUUCAGGUGAGAAGGACGUGGUCUUUCUGAUUGACGGUUCCGACGGAGUCAGGGAAGGUUUCCCUCUGCUGAAGGAGUUUAUCCAGAGGCUGGUGGAGAGCCUGGACGUGGGCCAGGACCGGGUCCGCGUGGCCGUGGUGCAGUACAGUGACCGGGCCCGGCCCGAAUUCUACCUGAAUUCCUACACGGAUCAGCAGAGUGUCAUCCGCGCCAUCCGUGGGCUGAGCCUGCUUGGGGGCUCGACCCCCAACACUGGAGCUGCCCUGGACUUCGUGCUGAGGAAUAUCCUCGUUAGCUCUGCAGGCAGCCGGAUCGAAGAAGGCAUCCCCCAGCUGCUGAUCGUCCUCACGGCCGACAAGUCUGGGGAUGACGUGCGCGGGCCCGCGGUGGUCCUCAAGAGGGGCGGGGCGGUGCCCAUCGGCAUUGGCAUCGGGAACGCUGACAUCUCAGAGAUGCAGACCAUCUCGUUUGUCCCGGACUUUGCGGUGGCCAUCCCGACCUUCCGCAACCUGGGGACUGUCCACCAGGUCAUCUCGGAGCGAGUAACUCAGCUCAACCGUGAAGAGCUGGAGCGGCUGCGGCCCAUUCUGCCCCCAAGUCCAGAUGUUGGCAGCAAGAGGGAUGUGGUCUUCCUCAUUGACGGGUCCCAGAAGGCCGGGCCUGAGUUCCAGUAUAUCCGAACCCUCAUCGAGACGCUCGUGAACUAUCUGGACGUGGGCUUCGACACCACCCGGGUCGCAGUCAUCCAGUUCAGCGACGACCCCAAGGUGGAGUUCCUGCUGAAUGCCCACUCCAGUAAGGACGAGGUACAGAAUGCUGUGAGGCGCCUGAGGCCCCAGGGGGGCAGGCAGGUUAACAUCGGUGGGGCCCUGGAGUAUGUGGCCAGGAACAUCUUCAAGAGGCCCCUGGGAAGCCGCAUUGAAGAGGGUGUCCCGCAGUUUCUGGUCCUCAUCUCGUCCGGGAAGUCUGAUGACGAUGUGGUUGACUCGGCUAUAGAGCUCAAGCAGUUUGGCGUGGCCCCUCUCACCAUCGCGAGGAACGCAGACCAGGAGGAGCUGGUGAGGAUCGCGCUCAGCCCUGAGUACGUCUUCUCCAUCAACACCUUCAGGGAGCUGCCCGGCCUGGAGCAGAAGCUGCUGACCCCUAUCACCACCCUCUCCUCCGAGCAAAUUCGGCAGUUCCUGCCCAGCACCCCAUAUCCUCGCCCUGAUUUUGAACAUGAUGCUGCCGACAUUGUCUUUCUGAUUGACAGUUCUGAUGCUGUCAGAAGCGAAGGCAUGGUGUACAUUCGAGACUUUGUCAACAGGAUUGUUCGAAAACUCAACAUUGGCACUAAUAAAGUGAGGGUCGGUCUGGUGCAGUUCAGCAAUGAUGUCUUCCCAGAGUUCUACCUGAAGACCCACAGAUCCCAGAGUGCAAUAAUCGAGGCUGUCCGCCGGCUGAGGUUCAAAGGAGGGUCCCCACUGAACACUGGCAAAGCCCUGGAGUUUGUGGCAAGGAAUCUCUUUGUGAAGUCAGCUGGAAGCCGGAUAGAAGAUGGUGUGCCCCAACACCUCGUCCUGUUUCUCGGUGGAAAGGCCCAGGAUGAUGUUUCCAGGAUUUCACAGGUGAUAAAGACUUCUGGGAUUAUGAGCCUAGGGGUAGGAGACCGCAACGCUGACCGAACCGAGCUGCAGAUCAUCUCCAGCAACCCGGAUCUGGUCUUCACCGUGCGGGACUUUAGAGAACUUCCGAACCUAGAAGACAGGGUCAUAAACUCAUUUGGACCAUCUGGCAGCACCCCUGUACCUCCAAGAGUGGACAUACCUUCUCCCCCACGCCCAGAGAAAAAGAAAGCAGACAUCAUCUUCCUGUUGGAUGGCUCCAUCAAUUUCCGCAGGGACAAUUUCCAGGAAGUGCUCCGUUUUGUGUCUGAGAUUGUGGACACUCUUUAUGAAGGAGGUGACUCCAUCCAGGUGGGUCUGGUCCAGUACAAUUCUGACCCUACCGACGAGUUCUUCCUGAAGGACUUUUCCACCAAAAAGGACAUUAUCGACGCCAUCAACAAAGUGGUCUACAAAGGGGGACGACAUGCCAACACCAGGGUGGGCCUUGAACACCUGCGGCUGAACCACUUCGUGUCUGAGGCAGGCAGCCGUGUGGACCAGAGGGUUCCACAGAUUGCCUUUGUGAUCACGGGAGGGAAGUCAGUGGAGGACGCGCAGGAAGCAAGUCUGGCACUCACCCAGAGAGGCGUCAAGGUGUUCGCAGUGGGCGUGAGGAACAUUGAUUCAGAAGAGGUUGGGAAGAUAGCAUCAAACAGUGCCACGGCAUUCCGUGUUGGGAACGUGCAAGAGCUGUCGGAGCUGAGCGAGCAAGUUCUGGAAACAUUACAUGAUGCAAUGCAUGAAACCUUAUGUCCUGGUGUGUCUGACGUCUCCAAAGUCUGUAACGUGGACGUGAUUCUGGGCUUUGAUGGUUCAAGAGAUCAGAAUGUAUUUGUGGCCCAGAAGGGACUCGAGUCCAAGAUGGAAGACAUCUUGAAUCGAAUCAGCCAGAUGCAGAGGAUCAGCUGUACUGGCACCCAGACGCCCACGGUGCGAGUGUCCGUAGUGGCCAACACACCCUCAGGCCCAGUGGAAGCCUUUGCCUUCGACGAGUACCGGCCAGAGCUGAUGGAGAAGUUCCAGAACAUGCGCAACCAGCACCCCUACGUCCUCACGGCUGACACACUGAAGGUCUACCAGGACAAGUUCAGGAUGUCCUCGCCCAACAGCGUCAAGGUGGUCAUUCAUUUCACGGACGGGGUGGAUGGAGACCUGACUGCUUUACAGAGAGCCUCGGAGGAGCUCCGACAAGAAGGCGUCCAAGCUCUGAUCUUCGUGGGUCUUGAACGAGUGGCCAAUCUGGAGAGGCUGAUGCAGGCGGAGUUCGGACGGGGCUUCAUGUAUAACAGGCCUCUGAGAAUGAACCUACUGGACCUGGACCAUGAGCUGGCGGAACAGCUGGACAACAUUGCUGAGAAAGCUUGCUGUGGGGUUCCGUGCAAGUGCUCUGGACAAAGGGGAGACCGAGGUCCCAUUGGCACAAUUGGGCCAAAGGGCAUCCCUGGAGAAGACGGUUACCGAGGUUACCCCGGAGAUGAGGGUGGGCCGGGCGAACGGGGCCCACCAGGUGUGAACGGCACUCAGGGCUUCCAGGGCUGCCCCGGUCAGCGAGGUGUAAAGGGCUCUCGUGGAUUCCCAGGAGAGAAGGGUGAAUUAGGAGAGAUUGGGCUGGAUGGUCUUGAUGGUGAGCAGGGAGAGAGAGGGCUGCCUGGCUCUUCCGGAGACAAAGGGAGCCCCGGGAGAAGGGGUGACAAGGGACCAAAAGGAGACCAAGGAGAAAGAGGCAGUGUUGGGAUCAGAGGGGACCCGGGUGAUUCUGGGAGAGAUGGCCAGCAGCGAGGACCCAAGGGAGAAACCGGUGAAAUCGGCCCUAUGGGCCUUCCUGGGAGAGACGGUGCCCCUGGAAGACCUGGAGACCCUGGAAGAGAUGGCGGCUUUGGACGAAGGGGCCCCGCAGGAAGUAAGGGCAACAGGGGUAGUCCUGGCCAGCCUGGCUUUGUGGGAGAACAGGGGACCAGAGGCUCACAGGGUCCAGCAGGCCCCACGGGGCCUCCAGGCCUGAUGGGUGAGCAAGGCAUCUCUGGAUCCCGGGGAGGUGGAGGGACCCCUGGUGCUCCUGGAGACCGUGGCAGGACCGGCCCCCUGGGAAGAAAGGGUGAGCCUGGCGAGUCGGGACCUAAAGGAGGCCCUGGGAGCCGCGGUCCUCGUGGGGAGACGGGUGAUGACGGACGCGAUGGAGUGGGCAAUGAAGGACGUGCAGGCAAGAAAGGAGAAAGAGGAUUCCCUGGCUACCCAGGACCAAAGGGCACCCCUGGGGAUCCUGGGACCAAUGGAGCACCAGGACCUAAAGGAAUCCGUGGCCGAAGGGGAAAUUCUGGACCUCCUGGAGCAGUUGGACAGAAGGGAGACCCUGGCUACCCAGGACCAGCUGGUCACAAAGGCAACAGAGGGGACUCCAUUGAUCAAUGUGGCCUCGUGCAGAGCAUCCGGGAUAAGUGUCCUUGCUGCUAUGGGCCGCUGGAAUGCCCCGUCUUCCCAACAGAACUAGCCUUUGCUUUAGACACCUCUGAGGGGGUCACCCAGGACACCUUUAGCCGGAUGAGAGAUGUACUCUUGAGGAUAGUGGGGGACCUGACCAUCGCUGAGAGCAACUGCCCCCGGGGCGCCCGCGUGGCCGUGGUAACCUAUAACAACGAGGUGACCACGGAGAUCCGGUUUGCCGACUCCAAAAAGAAGUCAGCCCUCCUGGACAGGAUCAAGAACCUUCAGGUGGCUCUCACCUCCAAGCAGCAGAGCCUGGAAACCGCCAUGUCCUUCGUGGCCAGGAACACGUUUAAACGAGUGCGCAAUGGAUUCCUAAUGAGGAAGGUGGCGGUUUUCUUCAGCAACAGGCCAACCAGAGCCAACCAGUCCCCACAGCUCAGGGAGGCUGUCCUGAAGCUCUCCGACGCAGGGAUCACACCCCUGUUCCUUACGAGCCAGGAGGACCGGCAGCUGGUCAAUGCUCUGCAGAUCAACAACACUGCGGUGGGCCACGCACUCGUUCUACCUGCCCGGAGGGACCUCACCAACUUCCUGAAGAAUGUCCUGACUUGCCAUGUCUGCCUGGACAUCUGCAACAUUGACCCAUCCUGUGGAUUUGGAAACUGGAGGCCAACGUUCAGGGACAGAAGGGCAGCUGGCAGCGAUGUGGACAUUGACGUGGCUUUCAUCUUAGAUAGCUCUGAGUCGACCACACUGUUCCAGUUCAAUGAGAUGAAGAAGUACAUUGCAUACAUGGUCAGACAGCUGGACCUGAGCCCAGACCCCAAGGCCUCCCAGCACUUUGCCCGCGUGGCGGUGGUGCAGCAGGCGCCCUACGAGUCUGUGGGCAAUGCCAGCGUGCCGCCGGUGAGGGUGGAGUUCUCUCUGACUGACUACGGCUCCAAGGAGAAGCUGGUGGACUUCCUCAGCAACCACAUGGCUCAGCUGCAGGGAACCAGCUCGCUGGGCCGUGCCGUCGAGUACACCAUAGAGAACGUCUUUGAAAGCGCACCGAACCCACGGGACCUGAAAAUCGUGGUUCUGAUGCUGACGGGUGAGAUGCAGCAGCAGCAGCUGGAGGAGGCCCAGCGAGCCAUCCUGCAGGCCAAGUGCAACGGCUACUUCUUUGUGGUUCUGGGCAUUGGCCGGAAGGUGAAUGUCAAGGAAGUGUACGGCUUUGCCAGCGAACCCAACGAUGUCUUCUUCAAGCUGGCAGACAAGUCCACUGAGCUCAACGAGGAGCCUCUGAUGCGCUUCGGACGGCUCCUGCCUUCCUUCAUCAACAGUGAAAAUGCUUUUUACUUGUCCCCAGAAAUCAGGAAACAGUGUGAUUGGUUCCAAGGGGACCAGCCUGCAAAGAAUUCCGUGAAGUUUGGGCACAGACAAGUAAACAUCCCAAAUAAUGUUACCUCAAAUCCUACAACCAAACCAGUGACAAUGACGAGGACAGCGACCACCACAAAACCUGUGACCACCACAACGAAACCGCCAGUCGUGGUAAAUCUGCCGCCUGCAAAGCCAGCCCCCGCCAGGCCUGUGCCCGCCAAGCCUGAGGCCCCGAAACCGGCCACGGUGCAACCGGCCACAGUGGCAAAGCCAGUGGCAGCAAAGCUGGCUGCCCCAAAGCCGGUCUCUGCAAAGCCAGUGGUCCCCGCCAAGCCUCCUGCAGUUGCUAUGCAACCUGAAGUCACAAAGCUUGAAGCCCCUAGGCCCCAGGCCGCCAAGCUCACUGUCACCAAGCAGGCCACCACCAGGUCCCGAGUGUCCCGAGUGUCCCGAGACAUCCACGUGUUGGAGAUCACCGAGAACAGCGCCAAGCUCCACUGGGACAGGCCCGAGCCCCCCAGCCCGUAUUUCUAUGACCUCACCGUCACAUCGGCCCAGGACCAGUCACUGGUUCUGAAGCAGAACCUCACAGGCACAGACCGCGUCAUCGGAGGGCUGCUGGCUGGGCACACUUACCACGUGUCCGUGGUCUGCUACCUGAGGUCUCAGGUCAGGGCCACCUACCACGUCAGCUUCAGCACAAGGAAAAGCCAGCCCCCACCUGCACCACCAGCAAGGCCAGCCUCAAGUUCAACCUUCAAUCUAAUGGUGAACAGUGAACCUUUGGUUCCCACUAAAACAGAUAUAUGCAAGCUGCCAAAAGAAACGGGAACUUGCGACAAGUUCUCUUUAAAAUGGCACUAUGAUGUGGAAACCAAAAGCUGUGUACGAUUCUGGUACGGAGGCUGCGGUGGAAAUGAAAACAAUUUCGAUUCACAGAAAGAAUGUGAAAAGAUUUGCGUUCCCGUGUUGGUCAACCCUGGAGCCAUGACUGUCAUAGGAACCUAG